CACCAAGAAGAAAUCUAAAAUGUUCGCUAAGGUCGCUAUCCUUCUCGCAGCCGUCGCUGCUGCCCAGGCUUCCGUCUUGUACGGAGGACACGCUGCUUUGGUCAACACCGGUGUUAGCACCAGUGCACGAUCUCAGGAUGCAUUCGGCAACUACGCUUUCAACUAUGGAAUCCAGGACGGACUCGGUGCCACCAACUCCCGCGCCGAAGUAGGAGAUGCCCACGGAAACAAAAAGGGAUCCUACACCAUUGCCGACAUCGACGGACGAGCCCGACGAGUCGACUACGUUGCUGACGGACACGGAUUCCGAGCUGUUGUUAAGACUAACGAACCCGGAACCGCCGCCAGCGCACCAGCAGCCGCUCUCGUCGCCAGCCCCUACGCCGGACCCGUUGCCCCAGUCGUCAACCACGUAGCCCCUGCUGCCACCGUUGUCGAACAUGCUGCCACCUACGCUGCUCCUUUGGCUGUUGCUGCCCCAGUUGCUUAUGGAGGAGUGAUCGCACAUGGAGCCGCCCUUGCUGCCCCCGUUGCUUACGAUGGAGUGCUCGGACAUGGUUUUGGAUUAGGAUAUGGCAAAGCCCUCAUCCAUUAAAAAUUACUCACAAAAUUUGGAGCAAACACCAAAAAUUUUUGAACAGCAUAAUUAAUCGAAGAAAUAUAUUUAUU